UUUUAAGUCUCCUCCUGAGAGUUAAAGAAGCUCCUCUGCCGGUCUCUGCGUGCUAUUGCUGUCUUGUAUUGCAAAUCUGCAUUCAUCAUCUCCUUCUCCUUCUACCUACGAGAGAAGCUCUGUGCCUGGUUACACAAGGAAACUAAGAUAUGGCAGUAGGAUCUGUGCUUACUUUUGCGACCGAGGGAAUACUGACGAAGCUGAUUGACCUUGCUGCUGAAGAAUUCCGUAUGGCCUGGGGAUUCAAAGCUGAACUAAGGAAGCUCAGUCAAUCCUUAUCCAUCCUUCAAGAUUUCUUAGGAGAUGUUGCUGAGAAGGGAAAAGAUGGGGGCAAGGCAGAGGGAGAUUGGGUGAAGAAACUUAAAGACAUAGCUGAUGAGGCUGAUGAUGUCUUGGAAGACAUCAACUAUGAAUUUCUCCGGAGACGAGUAGAACUGCAAAACCGAAUGGGAAAAAAGGUGCUCAACUUCAUUUCUGCGUCAAAUUUUCGACAAAAGAUGGCACACAGAAUUAGAAAAAUCAGCGCUUCUCUGGCGGAUCUCAAGAAUGAAGCAGCUUUCAUUGGGUUAGUUGCAAAGAAAAAAGAUCCAACCUUUCAAAGAAUUAGGGAGGACCGAGAAACCAACGCAUUCAUUGGUAAAGAUGAAAUCAUCAUUGGAAGGAAUGCGGUUGUGUCAGAUAUAGUUACAACAUUGACCAACUCCAAUACUAAUGAAAAAAAUCUGUUGGUUAUGGCGAUUGUGGGAAUGCCAGGACUGGGAAAGACAACUUUGGCCAAGUCAGUGUACAAUGAAGGUGCUAUCAAUGAGUAUUUCAACAAAAAAUUGUGGGUGUGUGUUUCAAACACUUUCAGCGUCAAUUCAAUUUUAACUGCCAUGUUAGAAUUACUCUCACGAAAGGUAGCCACGACAAGUCAGCAAGCAUUGCUUACAAACCUCGGAGAAGAGUUGUCGGGAAAAAGGUAUUUUCUUGUACUUGAUGAUGUUUGGAAUGAAGAUUUGGAGAAAUGGGAACGUUUGAUGAGCUGUUUGUCAAAGUUGAAUUCUGCUCCAGGAAGCAAAAUUAUUGUCACUACCCGCAGUGUCAAAGUUGCAUCAAUCACAGAAACACUUCCACGGCCUAAGUUAGAACUUCUAUCAACAGAUGAAUGCUGGUCCAUAUUGAAAUAUGCAGCUUGCUCAGAUGGUAGUUCUGAUGUACCUCUUCAUUUAGAGAGUAUUGGACGGGAGAUUGCUAAAAAAUGUGAUGGUCUACCAUUGAUGGCAAAGGUUUUGGAAGGCAUUUUGCGCUCUAAAAAGACUACUACUGAAUGGUCUAAAGUCAAAGACAGUAGAAUAUGGGAGUUACCAAAGGGAGAAGAUAAAAUCAUGUCAGUCUUGAAGUUGAGUUUCGAUAAUUUGGAAUCACCAGCAUUGAAGCAAUGUUUUGCAUAUUGCUCAACGUUCAUGAAAGAUGCCGAGAUGGAAAGAGAUGUCUUGAUUCAACUUUGGAUGGCUCAAGGAUUACUCCAUCCUUGUUCAGAACAAAGUAAUCUAGAGAUGGAGGAUAUAGGUAAUGAAUAUUUUGAUAUUCUAUUCCAAAGCUCCUUAUUUCAAGAUGCUAUAGUGGAUGAUGAGGGCAUUGUUAUUCAAUGCAAGAUGCACGAUCUCUUGCACGAUCUUGCAGAACGCGUAUCCGAAUCUGGAUGCAUGAUGCGAGACUUCCCCAAGAUUCAACAUGUUGCAACUCCCAGUAUUAUAGAAAGAAUUCCAGAAGGAAGUAGUGGGAAAUUAAGAUCACUGUUUUUGAAUGCUGAAGCACUACCUCGAAACAUGUUGCCAGUGUUUAAAGCUUUACGCGUCUUGAAAUUAUUUGCCGUAUAUAUUGAGGAGCUUCCAAGUUCAAUCGGAAAGCUGAAACACUUGAGAUAUCUUGACAUUUCCUUUACAGUAAUCAAAAGUAUCCCAAAUUCUAUUGGCAGGCUAUAUAACCUACAGACAUUAAGAGCAACAAACUCCCGCCUUGAAGAAUUUCCAAAAGAUGUGCAAAACUUGAUCAACUUGAGACAUGUUUAUUGUGACAGGGGAACGAAAUUUCCAGUUGUUGGGGUCUUAGGGAAAUUGACUAGCCUCCGAAAAUUACCUUAUGAGGAUUAUGUGGUGAUGGGUAGGGAAAUUGAGGAGCUGGCUGCCUUGAAUCAAUUGAAGGGUAAAUUGAUUAUUUGUAAUUUGGAACAUGUAAGGAAUAGAGAUGAGGCAAGGAUAGCUAAAUUAAAGAAUAAGAAAAACUUACGCGGCUUGAUAUUUGUAUGGUCGAAAGAUAGAUCAAUAACCAACAAUAAUAAUGAGGAGGACGUACUAGAAGGCCUCCAGCCGCAUUCUGAGUUGGAAAGGCUAGAGAUUCAAUAUUUCAUGGGUACUAAAUUUCCAUCAUGGAUGAUUAAGCUUGACAAUUUAAAGCAGAUUAAGCUUAAGGGGCGCAACAGAUGUGAAGAAGUCCCAACACUCGGCCAUCUACCUCAUCUUACAUUUGUUUGGAUUGAAGGAAUAGAUAAUCUAAAAUGUGUUGGAGCAGAGAUUUACGGAACUGAUCUUGUUUAUGAUGAGGCUACGGCAGGUAUAAGGAGAGUGGUUGUAUUUCCAGCACUGAAAGAAUUACACAUUCAUGAUUGCAAGGAGCUAAUUGAAUGGAUGGAAGCACCAGAACAAGUCAUGGUGUUUCCUUGCCUGGGGAAGCUAGAUAUCCGGAAUUGUCCCAACCUGAGGAAGGCUCCUAGUCAUUUCCCAUCUCUGAAGAAGUUGAAUAUACAAGGUCAUAAGGAGCUUACAUGUCUGUCUAAAGAGAUGUUGUUGAAGAUAGAACGUAUGAAGAUAAGAGAUUGGGAGAAGUUAACUUGUAUUGCCCCCGAUGUCUUUGGUUGUUGUGCAUCUCUUCGAAAGUUACUUAUAUACCAGUGCCCUAGUCUACAAUCUAUUCAAGAUUUGCACAGCUUCAAGUCCCUCCGUGAAUUGAGCAUUAAAAGUUGUGAGAGAUUAGAAAGUUUGGUGAGUAAUGGCCCCGUCUCUAUUGUGGAGUUAAGUAUAAUUAAAUGUGGUGGUCUAGAAUCUAUUCCAGAUUUAAACCUCUUCACAUCCCUUCGUAAAUUGAACAUUCAAAAUUGUGAGAGAUUAGAAAGUUUGGUGAGUAGUGGGCCCGUCUCUGUUGUGGAGUUGAGUAUAAUUAAAUGUGUUGGUCUAGAAUCUAUUCAAGAUUUAAACCUCUUCACGUCCCUCUGUAAAUUGAACAUUCAAAAUUGUAAGAGAUUAGAAAGUUUGGUGAGUAGUGGGCCUGUCUUUGUUGUGGAUUUGCGUAUAUGGAGUUGUGGUGGUCUAGAAUCUAUUCUAGAUUUAAACCUCUACACAUCCCUCUGUGAAUUGAGCAUUAAAAGUUGUGAGAGAUUAGAAAGUUUGGUGAGUAGUGGGCCCAUCUCUAUUGUGCGUUUGCAUAUAUGGAGUUGUGGUGAUCUACAGUCUAUUCCAGAUUUAAACCUCUUCACGUCCCUCUGUGAAUUGAGCAUUGAAAGUUGUGAGAGAUUAGAAAGUUUGGUGAGUAGUGGGCCCGUCUCUGUUGUGGAUUUGGGUAUAUGGAGUUGUGAUGGUCUACAGUCUAUUCCAAAUUUAAACCUCUUCACUUCCCUCUGUCAAUUGAGCAUUCAACAUUGUGAGAGAUUAGAAAGUUUGGUGAGUAGUGGCGUACAACUGCCCUCCUCUCUUGUGGAGUUGAAAAUAAGAAAUGCCCCUAAUUUAGAGAGUCUUCGGAGUUUAGACAACCUCACAUCUCUCUGUCAGUUGGUGAUUUAUAAUUGUGGGAAAUUAAAAUAUCUGCCCACACGGCUACAUUGCUGCGCAAGUUUGAAGGCAUUGGAACUUGGUUGGUUUUGUGAGGAGCUCGAUUCCUUCCCUGAUUUCCAUCUUGGAAUUGGAUCAUCACAACUUCAAAGAUUAGAGUUGACGGGGUGGCCCAAGCUCAAGUAUUUGCCUCAACAAAUUCAACACUUCACUUCUCUAACAUCUUUACAGAUACGCAGAUUCAAUGGAGUGGAGGCUCUUGAGGAUUGGUUGGGUAACCUUACAUCCCUUAAAACGCUAGACAUUCGGUAUUGCCAGAAGCUCAUGAAUCUACCUAGUGUCACAGCUAUGCAACGCCUCACCAAAUUACAAACCCUAAGAAUUUGGGAAUGUCCCCUUCUGGAGGAAAGAUGCACCAAGGACAGCGGCACAGAGUGGCCCAAGAUUUCUCACAUCCCAAAAAUCUACAUUUGGUGACUAGACUGCAGACAGAUUGACUCUAUGCGUACAAUGAAUUCAUAAUAGCUCCAACUUUGACAGUGAAGAAAUACUUGAAAGGACGGGCGUAAGGUGUUUUUUAAAGAAUUGCGGAAAGUAUCAAGUAAACAAGAUUUUAGUAAUUUGUCGUAGCUGCAUCCAGAAGUAUCUUAAACUCUGCGUGCUAUUGUUGUCUUGUAUUGCAAAUCUGCCUUCCUCAUCUCCUUCUCCUUCUACCUACGAGAGAAGCUCUAUGCCUGGUUUACACAAGGAAACUAAGAUGGCAGUAGAAUCUCUGCUUACUUUCGCGACCGAGGGAAUACUGACGAAGCUGACUUCCCUUGCUGCUCAAGAAAUCAGUCUUGCCUGAGGAUACAAAGCUGAACUAGGGAAGCUCAACGAAUCCUUAUCCAUCCUUCAAGAUUUCUUAGGAGGUGCUGCUAAGAAGGCACAAGAUGGUGGCAAGCCAGUGUAAGGCUGGGUGAAGAAACUUAAUUAAGGAAAUAGCUGAUGAGGCUCAUGAUGUCUUUGAAGAAAUCAACAAUGAAUUUCUCCGGAGACGAGUAGAACUGCAUAACGAUAUGUGUAAAGAGGUGCUCAACUUCUUUUCUCCCUCCAAUCCCAUUUUGUUUCGACUAAAAAUGGCACAUAGAAUUAGAAAAAUCAGCGCUUCUAUGGCGGAGCUCAAGAGCGAAGCAUCUUGCAUCGAAUUAAUUGCAAAGAAAAAAGAGGCAACCCUUCAAAGAAUUAGAGAGGACCGAGAAACCAACGCAUUCAUUGGUAAAGAUGAAAUCAUCAUUGGAAGGAAGGACGCUGUGUCAGACAUAGUUACAACAUUGACCAACUCCAACAUGAAUCAAGAAAAUCUGUCGGUUAUGGCGAUUGCGGGAAUGCCAGGACUGGGAAAGACAACUUUGGCCCAGUCCGUGUACAAUGAAGGUGCUAUCGAUGUGUAUUUCAACAAAAAAUUGUGGGUGUGUGUAUCAAACACUUUCAACGUCAAUUCAAUUUUAACUGCGAUGUUAGAAUUACUCUCAGGAAAGGUAGCGACGACAAGUCAGCAAGCAUUGCUUACAAACCUCCGAGAAGAGUUGUCGGGAAAAAGGUAUUUUCUUGUACUUGAUGAUGUUUGGAAUGAAGAGUCUGAGAAAUGGGAAAGGUUGAAGAGCUGUUUGUCAAAGUUGAAUUCUGCUCCAGGAAGCAAAAUUAUUGUCACUACCCGCAGUGGUGUAGUUGCAUCACUCACAGAAACACUUCCGCGGCCUAAUUUGGACCUCCUAUGAAGAGAUGAAUGCUGGUCCAUAUUGAAACAUGCAGCUUGCUCAGAUGGUAGAGUUCUGAUAUACCUCUUGGUUUAGAGAGAAUUGGACGGGCGAUUGCUAAAAUUUGUGAAGGUCUACCAUUGAUGACACAGGUACACAUACUAUGUAUGAUACAUACACACAUAUAUAUAUAUAUAUAUAUAUAUAUUUUAUACAAGCAUUGCUUACAUCAGGCAUUUUUAUUUAUUUAUAAUUUUAUAGAUUAUUGGACGAUUUCUGGGAACUUAGGGAUCAUAUCAUGAACGGGUUAUUUUGUAUGAAA